AUGCUGGGGUCGCUCGAACAUCCUCACUUCUAUAAAGUCGGUGAUAUCUUGAUUGGAGGUGCCUUCUCUCUGCACAGCCAAAUCUCACGAACUACAACAACUUUUACCAGUGUUCCUGAGGCUUUGAGAUGCACCAGGAUAAAAACACGGGAACUGCGAUUUGCCUAUACAAUGAUUUUUGCCAUAGAGGAGAUAAACAAAAGUGGCGUUCUGCUGCCUAACAUCUCCAUUGGUUAUAAAGUGCUUGACGGCUGUGGUUCAGCCCAACAGGCAGUCAUGGCUCUUCUGAAUGGACAGGAACGGGACACGGGACAAACAUGUUCUGGUCAAAAUAAGGUCCAAGCCAUCAUCGGAGCCUCCGAGUCUUCUUCUACAAUUGUGAUAUCGCAGACAGCAGGGAUAUUCAAUAUACCUGUGAUCAGCCACUUUGCCACCUGUGCCUGUCUGAGUAACAGAAAAGAGUACCCCACAUUCUUCAGGACCAUUCCCAGUGACUACUACCAGAGUCGGGCUCUUGCCAAACUAGUCAAGCACUUUGGCUGGACAUGGGUUGGUGCAGUUAGAAGCAACAAUGACUAUGGUAACAAUGGCAUGGCAACAUUUAUCAGCGCAGCCGCCCAGGAAGGUGUCUGUAUCGAGUAUUCAGAAGCCAUAUGCAGAACUGACCCUGUGGAAAAGGUUGCCAGUGUGGUCAAAAUUAUCCAGCAAGGAACAGCAAAGGUUUUGGUUGCAUUUCUUGCACAGGUUGAGAUGAAUCUUUUGUUGGAGGAAGCCCUAAAACAGAACAUGACGAGGGUGCAGUGGGUGGGCAGUGAGUCCUGGAUUACUGAUCAUUAUCUGGCAACUUCAAGAUAUGCAGCCAUCUUGACUGGUUCACUUGGUUUUAGUCUUCCAAGGGCUCGCAUUCCGGGUUUGAGAGAAUUCCUCUUACAGGUUAAUCCAAUGAAGGACCCUCAAAAUAGUCUACUAAGGGAAUUCUGGGAAGAGACAUUUGGAUGUAAUUUUCAAGCCAGUAUGUACAAUCAGACCCAGUGCACUGGAAGAGAACAACUAAAUGAUAUUGAGAGUCCUUUCACCGAUGUAUCAGAGCUACGGAUAUCACACAAUGUCUACAAAGCUGUGUAUGCAGUGGCUCAUGCUUUUCACAGUAUAUUCAACUGCACUGACCAGGAAUGCAGUUCAAAUAAUACAACUGAGACAAACCAAGUUGUGGAGCAACUUCAGCAAGUACAUUUCACUCUGAAGUCUGGUGACAUGGUGCAUUUUGAUGAAAAUGGAGACCCUUCUGCCACAUAUGAGCUUGUGAACUGGCAAAAAAGUGACAAGGGGGGAAUUUCCUUUAUUGCAGUUGGAAGCUAUGAUGCUUUACCUCCAGAUGGGAGGCUCUUUAAAAUGAAUGGAAAGAAAAUAACAUGGGGUGCUCAUUUCAAAGAGAGGCCCCAGUCUGUCUGCAGUCAGAGUUGUCCCCCUGGUUUCCGUCAGGCCCAGAUCAAAGGUAAACCUCUCUGCUGCUUCUCCUGUAUCAGAUGUGCGGCCGGUGAGAUCAGUCGUCAAAACAAUACUGAUUGCAUGCUGUGUCCUCUUGAGUACUGGUCCAACAGGAAUCACAGCCAGUGCGUGCCUAAGGUGACUGAGUUCCUGUCAUAUGAAGAGACCAUGGGUGCCCUGCUUGCUGCUUUGUCCUUGUUUGGAGCCUCUUUAACCAUAAUGGUGAUGUGUGUGUUUUUCUGGUUUCGUCACACCCCUCUUGUAAAAGCCAGCAAUUCUGAGCUUAGCUUCCUUCUGCUGGUGUCUCUAACUCUAUGCUUCCUUUGCUCUUUGACUUUCAUCGGCCGUCCCUCUGAGUGGUCCUGUAUGCUGCGUCAUACCGCGUUCGGCAUCACCUUUGCUUUGUGCAUGUCUUGUAUCUUGGCUAAGACUAUAGCAGUUGUAGUGGCAUUUAAAAUGAGAAAACCCGCAAAUACAGUUCCCCAGUGCUCUAUUCCCAUCCAGAGAACAAGCGUUUUUGUCUUUACAUUUAUACAAGUUGUGGCAUGUGUGUUGUGGUUAAGCAUAGCUCCACCUUUGCCACACAAAAAUAUAGUUUACGCAAAAGAUAAAAUUAUUCUCGAGUGCCAUUUGGGAUCUGUUGUUGGAUUUUGGGCAGUUUUGAGUUACAUUGGUGUACUUGCGUUGAUGUGUUUUAUUUUGGCCUUCUUGGCUCGUAAACUUCCUGAUAACUUUAAUGAGGCCAAGUUCAUCACCUUCAGCAUGUUGAUCUUCUGUGCGGUCUGGAUCACUUUUAUCCCAGCUUAUGUCAGCACUCCAGGAAAGCUCACUGUCGCCGUGGAGAUAUUUGCUAUUCUGGCCUCUAGUGUGGGUUUACUUUUCUGCAUUUUCUUUCCAAAAUGCUAUGUAUUAAUCCUCAAACCGGAAAAAAACACCAAAAAGCACAUGAUGGGAAGAAUAAAUUAUUAA